AUGCAAGUGCUGCCCAGCUUUCUCGGCGGGAAGACAAGUUUCAGCCCGGAGGAGCAACAGGCGAGGCAGCGGUAGCCUAAGUAAAAACGUCCCCGCCCCAGAGCUGUCAUGCAGAUUUGCAACGACAGGAACAUUGUUUGUGGUGCGCAUCCCCAUGAGAGGAAUUUGUAGUCGUGCUGUGAAAUUUGUAAUGCUGUAAAAAGGAUAAGCAGGCGUCUCUGUGAUGUUGCGACUAUCCUCGCUAGUAAACAGCGCUACGCUACAGAUGUUGGAGACUUGGCAUGCAGAAACUCCCAGCAAAGCAUUCAGAUUUGUGUUGCAGACUUACCAACUUGAGGACUGUGGGGUCGUGGGGACCUGUUUGCACAGGACAAGCCGGUGAUUCACUUUAUGCAUUGCAAAAGUAUCGUAUUCGUACUUGUAUAAAUGCAUUACAAAUUUCCUCAGCAUGAGAAAUAAAAUUUGUCAUGCUGAUUUCCCUUAAGAAAAAAAUUUGUAAUGCAUGAUUGCAAUACGAGUGCGAUACUUUUGCACAGGAUACACUUCUUCUGUCCGUACCGAACACCACUGAACCCCAGAAGAAUGUUAUUACAAUGAAAAAUGCCUCCUUGGCAGCAUUGAUUUGUAUUGCAAACCUUUCCAAUAGAAACAUUCCCCGUGUUGCAUAUAUCAGCAUCACAGAUUCUCCAUGCUGAAUAGCUCAAAUCUGUGCUGCAAAGUUGCCCAACAGUAGCCGGGUCUGUUAUGGUGCAAAAGAUACCUUGCGCGCGUAGAUUCUGCAUAUCAGAGGGGCUCGUAGUUGUCCUUUCAUGCAAGACAAAAAGCUUUGAUUUGGAAACUGUGCAUGAGAAACUUUUUCUUUUUCAAAUUCCGGGGUGGGGGCAUUUUUCAUUGUAAUAAAUGUCCUCGGUCGGAGACGAUGACGGCAUUGCCCACAGCCACAGCAGGCGAAGGGCGCCACCCUACGCCUUCCUGAUAGCCCCGCAAGACGUGGAGCGCAGUAUUCAACUUCUGAACCAGGGAAUCAUGGCGGCAAGGGGCUUGAUGCCAGCUGGCGGCUUAUCAAGAACAAAAAUCUCCCCUCCCCAUAUCAAAGCGGAAAUCUGUGAUGCAGAUUUGUGGCCACAAUUCAGCUUUGUCAUACACAUACUAGAAGGCAAAAGAUCAUGCGGACUGUAGCGUUGGCUGGCGUGGGGAAGCCUUCCAUCUUCAGCAUGACAAGACGCAACUGGAAGUGGGGAACAGCAUGACAAAUUGCCUGCAAUUUAGGCCACGACUGCGGCUCUUGGCCUUCUAGCAAUACGCGUCGACUUGUGUACUGAGAUACAGCAUCACAAUGUUCGUUUUCGGUAUGGGGAGGGGGGAUUUUUCCUCUUAAUACGGCUGGGUGCCGCAGCAGCAGGUCGCUACGACCAGUCCAGUGCAGCAACUUCCACCCCCCGAGGAUCCAACCGAUCUGCAGCAGCGGUUGGCAGCACUGAAAAAAAUGUGUGAUGACGGCCACAUUACGCAGGAAGAUUAUCAAAAUGGAAAACUUCAUAAAGACCUGUUUCAUCUUUUCACUGGGAAAUAAAAACUUGCAUUUGAAUUAUUGUACCCGUAGUGCAUCAUGUGAAGCGCAUGAUGCACUUGAUGACGCGGAAGUACAACUGACCCUCUUACGACCAGGAAGUAGAGGACCUCCAAUGCAUGAACGCAUAAGCAUAUUACGCAUCACGACAAACGGCACCACGUGUUGCAGACCAAUCGCCCACUGAUUGAAUGAACGGUUUUAUUUUCCCACCGCGAUAGAGACUAUGACCGGAAAAAAGAAGACUUGCUCAGCCGGAUGUGAUGUGAACACGAAGCAGGGGCUCCUUUUUGGUUGACACGAGGUCGCGUUCCUUAUGCUGGUGCCAAAGGUUUGACUUUGAGUUUCUUCUACUACUUAGCGCUGUAUGUACAAAUGAUCCAACGCGAUUAUACUGACACUGUAGCUUAGUACUACAAGAACACACAAUUAAACUACACAAAAGUUUUGCCGACCUAGUCGCCGUCGUACCUUCAUCACAUGCUAGGGACGAGCUACAUCGUAUGAGAUGAGUUGUAAAACUAAAACUAGGUGAGUUUUGUGAUACAACAAUUUUCAAAGCCAAACUGAAACUGUACUAAGUCAGUGUAAAAACUGUCAUACUAGUACGAGUUAUACUUAUAAUUUUCUUUGGCGUUAUUCAUAUUCUUGCGGGAAGAUGCUUGGAAGCGAAUGCGAAGCCUUUCUUGGGAUCAGGAUGUCACUCCGAAAAUUUAUAAAUUUCUCGGAACAACAAGUUGAACGCGAAAAGAUUUCUUCGACGUGUGAUGUUCUUCUCGGAGCAACAUGAACGCGAAAUUCUGUUCUACCGACCUAGUCCGUGGUGAGCUGCACAGGACACAAAUACAUAUCUAUUAUUGGCGCCCUGAUUGUUCUGGUCUGCUGAAGCUGUUAUGAACUUUUAGAAU